AUUGGGUGUUGUACAGUAAAGUCAGAGCAUUCAGUUGUCUAUUAAAUUAGAAGGCAACUUUUGGAGAGGGCUUAUGUUGACGUUUAUUCCAAUUGCCUCCCCCCCCCUCCCCCCAAUCUCUAUCGUUCGGAUAUUUGUCAUAUGUGUUUUUUUUUUAAAUACGCGAAAGAAUAGAAGUAAUGAAAUCCAUGUAAUGAUGAUCUAAAUGCCAAGUGUGUGCAAGAAAAGUUGAAAAAUAUUGUGGAAAGAGAGUAGCUAGACUCUUUAAUGAAUUCAUCAGUCGCUAUGACAAUGAUUAUUUGACUGAUCAAGUGUUUUUUAUUUUGGUAGAACUACCAAUGAUAAAGAGAAAACAAGUUUGUAAGUGACAACGUUGAAAAAAAGCGCGCCUAAAUUUUUCUUUUGAAAACAACAACAGCAAUUAAAGUGAAUUUAAGAAAGACCAAAUAGAAACCAAGUGGAUAUAAAACAGUGUAUAGUUGCCCCACAAGAAAGUGUUUUCGAUAUUUGAAUAUCGAUAAAUCUAUUAAGACAGAAACCGCCAAUAAGGAAGUAAUUGGCUUAUUAGCAGCAGCAGCCAACUACCAGCAGAACACCCACCUAACACCAACAACAACUGUGAAUAUAGAAGGCAGCAAAUUGAGUAUCAUCGUAUAUGCGGGAAUAAAGGAAAAAAGCAGACAUCUUUUAGAAAUACACAGCAAAUAUGGAGCAUUUUCAUCAAAUACAGCAAACUCUUCAACAUUAUCAGCAACAAUUGGUUGCCCAGCAACAACAACAGGCCGCUGCCGCAGCCGCUGCUGUCCAGCAACAACAACAACAAUUGCAACAGCAGCAGCAGCAACAGCAGCACCAACAACAAGUUGUCGUCCAACAGAAUCAACAGCAAGCCCAUCAAAAUAAUGCCAACACCACUUCUGGCGUUGGCACCCAACAGCUUUUCACAUACAAAAUGGCUAGUAGUUUUCCCAAUCCAGCCACGACAAUGGCCCAAGUUGUCGCCACCUCAAAUGCAGCCGGUACACCUGCCUACGAUUAUCGCUUAAAUAUGGCCCAGGCCGCAGCCGCCGCUGCCGUGCCCGGUUCACAAUGGUGGUAUUCAGCAGCCAAUCAAGGACAAAUCGAUGCCAAUACAGCCGCCCAAUUGCAACAGCAACAACAGCAACAGCAGCAGCAACAGCAGCAACAACAGCAGCAGCAACAGCAGCAACAACAGCAACAGCAGCAGCAACAGCAGCAACAACAACAGCAUCAGCAGCAACAACAGCAAUUGCAGCAGCAGCAACAACAGCAGGCGCAACAGCAACAACAACAGAAUGCGGCAAAUGUAAUCGAUUCAAAUUACUUGGCAAAGAGUGGAGCAACAUCGUCUUCUACGAUCAUUUCAAAUGUUAUUGAUGGCAUUGCGGAAAAGGACAAUAAUGUUCAUAAGGGCGGUGUAAAGCCACCACAGGAUGAUAAGCCUCUAUCCCAAGGCCAUAUUAAUAAUAUAAUACGGGCUGCUGGAGGAGGUAAACCGGAUGCUAAACCACGUGGCCGUAUGACAGCCUAUGCCUAUUUUGUACAGACAUGCCGCGAAGAACACAAGAAAAAACAUCCCGAUGAGACAGUUAUAUUUGCGGAAUUCUCCAGAAAGUGUGCUGAAAGAUGGAAGACAAUGGUUGACAAGGAAAAGAAACGAUUCCACGAAAUGGCUGAAAAAGAUAAAGCUCGUUAUGAACUGGAAAUGCAAAAUUAUGUGCCUCCUAAGGGUACAGUUGUGGGUCGAGGCAAAAAGAGGAAACAAAUGAAGGAUCCUAACGCGCCGAAACGAUCAUUAUCUGCCUUCUUCUGGUUCUGCAAUGAGAAACGUAAUGAAGUGAAAGCUGUAAAUCCUGAAUAUGGUGUCGGCGAUAUUGCCAAAGAGCUAGGACGCAAAUGGGCUGAUGUUGAACCCGAGGUUAAACAGAAAUAUGAACUAAUGGCUGAAAAGGACAAGGCACGAUAUGAAAGGGAAAUGACGGAGUACAAGACAAGUGGGACAAUUGCUAUGUCUGCACCUUCCAUGCAAGCCCAACAGCAAGCGGCACAAAAAGCUGCCUUACUAGCAGUAGCUGCCGCACAACAGGCCCAGCAACAGCAGCAGCAGCAGCAACAACAACAACAGACCGUCCAUCAUGAUGACCAUGAUGAUGACGAUGGGGAGGGUGAUGAUGAUGAAAAUCAGUAGAUUUAAUAAUAAUAUUAUGCCCAAAUGUUGCUUAUGAAAUAUAAUACCAACCACAACCAAUCAACCAACCAACCAACAACACAUAAUAUUCAAUCCCCUAGAAUCACAACAACAACAACAAUUCCAACUACUUCAAAAAUCAAAACAAUCAAACACCAAUCCGGCACGCGAUCUUUCUUCUCCUUCUAUGAAUUUUAUUUCUUUUUUAACAAUAAUUUAAUUUUUGUUUUUGUUCUUUUUUCCCUUCUCAAGAGUGACAUCUAGAAUUACCACUUUUUCUCUCACUUUUCAACAAAAGCAGCAACAAAGCAAACUUACACAGGGCAUCGAACAGAACAGAAUUCUUGAUGCUGAAAUUUUAUGAGAUGUAUUGUGAUAGAAUGAAUAUUUGAAGGUAACUUUUUUAAAACAAAAAAAAAAAAAAUAAUAAUUAAUAUAAGUAAGCCCUUAACCUAUGAUGAAGAUUUCCUGAAAAUAUUCAUGAAAUAUGAAUUACUUGUUAUAUUUAGCAGCAACUUUUGUCAUAUAUCCAAAAUCUUAACUACCUCUCCUUCAGCAUUGGAAUUCAAAUAUGACGCCUUAGCCUAUGCUCGUUGUUCGUUGUCCUGUGGUUUAGUGCUCUUAAUUUUGUUUUAACAACUUCUCAAGGACCAUUUGACCAUUAUUCAAACAUUUGCAUAACAAUUUAUAUUCUCUUUUAAGGAAAUCAGUUUCAUUUUUUACAAUACGCUUUAAUUUUUGUAAAACUCAUCAAGAAAGAAAAAUUACUGUGUAAUUUUUAUUUAACGAGAAAAAAUAUAUAUACAUACAUCGUUUUUUUUAAUCAUGUAUUUGUUUUCUGCAAAUUACAUAAGUAACUGAGUUAUAAAAGUUUAUACGACAGCAGAAAACUUCUCUUAAAAAAAAAAGAAAACCCUAAAAAUUCCUUUUAGGUUAUUUCAAAAUCAUACUCUCCGAUUCAACGGCAUAUACAAAUAUACAUACUAUAUAUAAUAUAUAUUUUUUUGUUUUAAUUUGAACUAUAAGAUAAAAAGAAAAAAAACAUAACUAAUAUAAAUAUUGUAAAGUGAACUUUUUUUUAUAUAGAAAACAACAACAACAACAACAACAAUAUUAAAACGAAGAAUUAUGGCGUUUUUUAUUUACUAUUUAAAAUCAUUGAUAGUAAUUUAGGUACAGUUUUCUUCAGAGAUUUUUCACAUUUUCUUAUUUAACACCCAAACACAUUCGCCAUUAAAAUUAUUUGUUUUUAUUUUCACUUCUUUGUGUUUAUAGUAUUUUUUUGUUUGUUUAACAUUUACAAAGUGUAAAAUAUUCAGCACCAACAACCACACAUAACAAGAACAACACAUUUUUGCAAAUAUCAUCCCUUUCUCUCAUACACAUUCAUCCACCCACUCUCUAUCUCUUUAUCUCGCUCCCUAUCUUUUUUUGUAUGGGACAAAAGAAGGCCGAAAUUAAAAAAAAUAUUUUAACACAAUAAAAUCCAUCAUAAGUACUUUUCUUAUUAUUAUACCGUAUAUAUAAUAAUGAACAAAAAUAUAAUAAACUCAAAAAUUUAGAAAAUAAAGACAUAAGAUACAUUUUUAGAAAUAUAAAUUACAAAAAAUAUGAUCUUUAAUUUCGUUUUUCUAAAUAAAUUGUGUAUUGAGAUUUAGAGAAAUAAAUUUAAAAUAGGACUUGUAUGUGUCUUCCCACUUUCACUGCAUUGUAAAAUGAUGGCAUAAGAUUUGGAAUUUUUGUGUUAAUUUCUCUUUGCUACCAUAUGAUGGGUCGCAUAGGCUAGUAUGCAUUGUGCCAUUUCAGGGAUGAUAAUUUUGGUACUUUUUUUGAUGGUUUUCAAACAUCAAAAGUACCCGCGCGUCAUUGGUAUUUUUUUCGUGAUUAGCCAUUUUUAAUUAUUUUCGAGGCCGCAAGAAAGGAAAGAGUUUUCAUUUUAUAAUUGAACGUUACUAAAGUUUUUCCUGAAUAUAAUUGAUGAUAUAAACCUAAAAAUGCCAACAGAGCAAAAACUCCAAUGAUGAGGGAUAUUACCUUAUAUUAAUAGAUUACCUUAUAUUAAUAUAUGUAUAUUACCCAAUGAACCUUAUACAAAAUUAGAGAAUUGGUUGGACCUCAUGGAAAUCGAAUGAAUGAACCCUUCGUUAGCACACAAAGGCAAAUUCUAGUAAAUAUCAAUGAGUGCAGUCCCAUUCCAGUUUUAAACUCAAUGAUAAGGGGCCUCCUUUUUAUAGCCGGGUCCGAACGGCGUGCCGCAGUGCUACAUCUCUCUGGAGAGAAAUUUUACAUGGCAUAGUACCUCACAAAUGUUGCCAGCAUUAGGAGGGGAAAACCACAGCUGAAAAAUUUUUUUUGAUGGUCUCGCCAGGAUUUGAACCCUGCCGUUCAGCGUCAUAUGCGGACAUGCUAACCUCUGAGCUACAAUUCAAGUAUAUGGCGGUUAUAUCGAAAUGUGAGCUUGUGUAGAAAAUACUUAGAUCAUGCGUAUCGAAAUCGGGAUCCCUGGGAACGGGGUUGAAAGAUUUUUUUUUUAUUUAAAAGUAAUCUAAUGGAAAAAUACGCUCUAUGUAAGAGGUAAAAUUUCCUAAUUUUCGCUCUAAAUGGGAGCUAUCUCAAAAUAUAGUUCGACUUCAGACUCGGAAUAACAAGGGCAUUUCUUAUCAGUGAACUGAAAACAAAGAACUGAAGGAAUUUUCGUGGCCAAAGUACACUUGCAUUUUAUACGAGCGAAAUGGCCUGCGCACAGUACUUUUUUUUUGUAUUCAUCACUGUUAUGUCUUUGAACAAAUUUUGUUAAGAUAUUAGAGGAAGUUACGGCCAUAAACAGCAAAAAAGUACAACUUUUCUAUUGAGCCACUAAGAGCUAUAUUUUGUAGGUUUUCAUAAAAGUUCCUUUUUAAAUUGGUUUCAAUAUCACCUCGUUCACCUGUUCCACUUCAAUAUCAAUUUGACACUUUUUUCGAAGGUCUAAUUUGUGAGCCAUUUUUCUAUUGAGCCAUCGAGAGGAGCCAUAUUGAAAAAAAACCUCCAGCAGAAUUUUACAAGCUUUCAAUUAUCAAACUCAAAAAUUUGCUCGCUCUCACGCUUUCGCGCUCUUCUGCUGGCAAAUAAAGUAUUCGAAUGAUAUCCAGUCCAAAUUUGCAUAAUUAAUAACCGUUUUGCAUAUUUUAGCAUGUCUGCCUAUGACACAGAACGCCUGUGUGUUCGAUCAAUUCAGAAGUACUCGUAUAUGUGUGUUCGCGCACUCAAAAAUUUGUGCACACAUUGUUAAUGAAAGUCAGUGUUGCUAGUAUUGGGGAUUUCUCCCCAAAUCGGGGAUUUAUUUUCGAUAAUGGGGACGAAAUUGUUGACAUGGGAAUUUGAUAGCUAGCGCAGGUUCACAAAAGAAGCUUAGGUCACUUGCCCAGCUGAUAGAAUUUUUCAAUUCCAGAGUUUUAGACAAAUCUCACAAGAACGUCAAAUGCUUUGUUUGGAGUUUAAACUUUUUUUCAUAAGUUGUUCCCUUUUGCACAUUGUAAUCAUAAGUCUUUUGAUCUUGUGGCUGCUACACAUGAUAAUGCAAAUAAAAACUAGAAUAUCCAUUAGGAAGUGUCCCACAUUUUUGGAUAGCCUAGUGGGAAUUUGCGUUGAUUUCGUUGUUGUUGUGAAAGUGAUUUAAGCUUUUAAAUUCAACUCGAUGCAAAAAUUGGCUAUGAUUUUGAUAAACAUUUACACAGGCGUUCACAAAACUUGAUGUGUAUAUGAAAUAGACUUAUUUACCAGAUUUCCUUUACAGAACUGUCAAAUAAUCAUAUAUUAAGGCUUCAUUACUUACUUACUUACUUUAAUUGGCUAUGACAGAAUAUUUGUUCCAAUAGCCGGACGUAGAAUAUCGUUCCAUGCGCCUCAAUCUUCUGAGAUUCUAAAAUCUCUGACACCAAGUUUCGUGGUGUCUCCCACCACUUGAUCUUUCCAUCGAGCUUUUGGUCUUCCCGUUUUGCCUUCAAAAGACUUCUUUUCCGGAGCUUCUUCAUCCAUUCUGACAACAUGACCUAGCCAAAGCAGCCGUUGUAUUUUGAAACGCGUGACUAGGCUAUCGUCGUCAUACAGCUCGUGGUUAAUACGUCGCCUAUAUUCUCAAUUAUCGCAAACUGGUCCAUAUAUUUUACGAAGAAUCUUUCUAUCAAAUACUCCAAGCACUGCCUCAUCUGCUUUCACAAGUACCCAUGUUUCAGAACCAUAUAACAACACGGGUAGUAUCAGUGUCUUCAUUAAAAAAACAUAAAUCGGAAGUAUUUACAUCAAGUUAAACCCCGUUUACACUGCUAAUUAAAUCUGGAUUUAAGGCUCUCGUCUGAUUUUAUAAAGGGAAAACAGAUCAUCGAGCCAUUAAAUCCGGAUUUAAACAGCAGUGUUAACGGGGUUUUACUUGUUUUUUUUAUUGGUAUUUAAUAUCUGUUAUCGCAUGAUAUCGAUAACUAUCCAAGACAACUUUGCACUGAAAUUGUAUACAGAAAAUCGAACUUGCACUGGAUUGGACUAAAAUAAGACACUUGUUGUGUUCUAGUUUAAUCCAAACCUGUUCUGUUCUUACUUUCCUGUAAAUUUUUACUGGAAAAGUAAGCGAACAGACCUAAUAUCAGUGUUUUGAGCAUUCAGCUACUAAGUAUUUGUAAAAAGGUACGCACUUCAAUAAAGAAAUGGAAAUUUUUAUUACAAAUUUGCCCGUUGGCAACGCAACUUGAGUUGGGUUGCUACCCCUAAGUCCCUUUUUCUUAGUACAAUACAGUGCAAAGGAUAUGUUAUCGAAUGUUAUUGCAUGCCAUAGAUAACUAU